AUGUUUAGUCCAAACAUUUUUAUUUGUUUUUCUCUCUUAAGUUUUUCUUCCUCAACACAACCUACUGCAUCUAAAAACACAAGUGUUGUUGCAACUUCACAACAAAAACAAGUUCCAACAUUGUUGGUAACUCGACAUUCUCUAACACCUCAAAACAUUGAAAUAGUUGAAAAUAAAGAAAAUGAGAAAAUUGAGGAAGAACAAAAUUUAGGAGCAAAUCAAUCUUCAAAAUUUUUACAAACACUUUUCUCCCCAAUUUCAUUGUUUCAAAAAAGACGUAAAAAGACUAAAGCAGAAAGGCGGGCACAAAAAGCUUUUCGAACAAUUACUUUUAUUGUUGGCUUGUUUGCUAUACUUUGGUCGCCUUAUUAUGUUGUGGCAACAGUCUACGGUUUCUGUAGAGAAUGCAUUCCAAUGUUUUUGUAUAAUCUCAGCUAUUAUAUGUGUUAUUUAAAUAGUUCAUUAAAUCCGUUUGCUUAUGCUCUAGCUAAUCGUCAAUUCCGCUCAGCUUUUUGGAAAAUUUUGAAGGGAAAUUUUAGAAAGACUAAUUGA